CGCUAGAGCAGCACAGUGUCUGUUGGGUGGCGAGAAGGAGCGCACCAUCCUCAUCAUUUUCAACAUCCUCAUUCUGAGCCCGUUUGGAUGUAUUCAAAUCACGUGACGCACUUUUGGUGGCAGUUGGACACUGGACUUUUGUUGACUGUUUUGGUUUUUGUCUUGUGAACUUGUUCGCAGGUGUUUGAACUUGGGAUUGUAAACGCAAAGUGGAGCUUCGCCAUUUUCCCCAUCGAAUCCGGUUCCGCUCCAAUCCCCCCCCCCAUUAGGGAUCGUAAAGAGUUCCACUCAAGUCCGCCAUGAGGUUGCUGACGGCGUCUUGCCGCUCCCCUUAGUCGCUCCAGCGCCUUUGCUCCGCCACCGAGGAGACGCGCAGGUGCAGACGGGCUCCCCUCGCCCGCGAUCGGCUACCCUGGCCGGCGGGAAUCGAGUGGCCUCAUCCAAACGGGACCGAAGAAGGAUGGAGGCUCCCCGGCCGAGAGUUGCGGGAGGAGUCGGAGGUGCACUCCGAGGACGCGCGACCUUCUGGAUCUGGACUCUGAUGCUCGUCUUAUGCGAAGUAUGUGGCGGUCACUCCGGAUCAUCCGGUCCCGGUCAGGCAACACCGGACUCUGCCCAGCCUCAUUUCUCGGCCUCGCUGUCGACUUAUCUGCCGGUGCAGUGCCAGCUGAGCGGCGUCGAUCAGGCCUUCUUCCUGCGCGACGCCAACCGGGACGCGAUGCGCAACGGGAGCCUGGCGUCGCGCACCGAACCCUUCCUACUCCAUCGGCUGGAUGCGAGCGUGGCGGCGCCGCACGCCCUGCCCGCCGUGGCGUGCGGCUAUGGCAACCUGAGCGCCGAGCAGCAGAUCCCUCUGGAGUUGCUGCAGGGGCCGCUGGCCAGUCCGCUGCCCGCCGCCAGCCACGUCACCCUCAACUGGAAGGUGAAGGGCCACGUGGUAGUGCCCAAAGUGGGGUCCACCCAACCUUGGAUACAGGUUCUUUUUUACUUGGUGGGUCGCCGUUGGGACGAGCCCGACCCGAUUCCGCCGAGCCUCCUCCCGUGCAUCCGAGCCUUAGCGGUGCGGGACCCCAGCGAGGCAUCCCCUUCUGCCGGCUGCCGGCUGCUGGGGCCUUCGGGCAUCUGCGUGGUCCGCUUGGAAAUCCCCCCCGCCUGGUUCAUACCCCUGCAGGCCAAACGACGACCGGCGGAGGGGGCACUGCCCUCUCUGGAUGUGUACUACUCCAUUAUACCAGUGGAGGGAGCCGGACUGGAAUGUCCUUCUAUUGUGAAUGAACCGUGGAAGAGUCCGAAUGUGAACACCGGGCCUCUCGGAGUUCUGAGCCCGUGGAGCCCCCUGGUGGAAGGAGGACUUCAGGACAUGCAGAAAGCCGGCUCAGUGAGCAUGAGCGUGGGCCCGGUGGCACCCAAAGGGGAGAUGCUGACUCUGGACCACAAUGUGGACGUCCUAGUGCCUCCCAGCCCCGUCCGGCUGGGGAAGACGGUGGCGUUUGCUGUCUACAUGAAGACGGAGUCACAUGCUGAGCAGUUCGUCCUAAGGGUUUGGUUCCAGUCGGGCAUCAGCUUCCUGGCGGUGAAGCCCAGUGACCUGGUGGCCUGGGAGAUCAAACAGGAAAUGGCGCCCGGCGGAGGCUCGCUGGCCGUCAUGUGCCAGAGGAAAUCGUUUGCCACCGCCACCGUCAGAUUGGAGCGCCCGUCUUACGAGGUGAUGCAGUUGGACUUUGAGGUGGACAACGUGAUCACCUUGGCCCCGACGCAAACUCUGCACUGGAGGGUGGAGUACGCGUCAGGAGCGCCGGCCUCGGCCGAGAAAGUCUCGCACCUGUACGUCAGCAAUGCCAACAUCCAGGGCAUCGUCCCACUUGCGCAGGACACGGAGGUGUUGAACACGGCCAUCCUCACCGGGCGCCGGGUAUCUCUGCCCGUCAAGCUGGUGACGGUCGGGUCGGACGGCCAGGUGAGGGAAGUGGACGACGCCAUCAGCUGCAGUUCGGCCGACGUUCACGUGCUCAAGGUUUCCGGGAAUUGCGAUGAGGUUCUGGUGAAUGGCAAGGAGAUGCGCGGGCGUCUGCAGGUGUCGGUGGUCUUUGCAUACAUGCACCUGACGUCCAGCCUGUUGCUGGACGUUUGGGUGCCCAAGCUGCCUCUGCAGAUCCACGUAUCCGACACCGAGCUCAGCCAGGUCAAAGGCUGGCGUGUGCCCAUCUCCCCCAACGCUGCCAACAGCAAAAGGCCGACGAGAGACAGCGAAGACGACGAGGACGACGAGAGGAAGGGAAAAGGCUGCACACUGCAGUACCAGUACGCCCUGGUGCGCGUCCUCACGCACUUUGUGGCCGAGCCGUCCGACCCGGGAGGGGAGGUGGUGCGCAUGCUGGGCUCCGACUGGCAGGCCGACAUCACUCACUUGGUUCUGGAUCAGCUCAAGGUGGAAGACGAACGCAUUGCCAGGUUGGUCGACGGACGCAUUCUGAUUGGACGAGACCUAGGCAUCACCACUAUCCAAGUGAUGUCGCCUCUGUCCGACUCCAUCCUGGCAGAGAAGACGGUGACCGUGUUGGAUGACAAGGUCGCCAUCGCCGACAUGGGGGUCCAGCUGGUGGCCUCGCUCACGCUCAGCUUGGCACCCGCUGGCGGGAAUUACCAAGCCGUCCUGAUGACCGCCACCGCCAGCGAAUUGUUGCGUGCGCCCAAACAGGAAGCCGCCAUCAGUGCUUGGAUCCACUACAGCGACGGCUCCGUUACGCCGCUUGACAUAUACGACCCCAAGGACUUUCUUCUGUCUGCCGUGUCAUUGGACGACAAUGUCAUCUCCGUAACUAAUCAGGAACAACACUGGCCCGUAGUGGUGGCGGAAGGUGAGGGCCAGGGGGCGCUGGUGCGCGUUGAGAUGGUGAUCUCAGAGACCUGUCAGAAGUCCAAGAGGAAAAGCGUGUUGGCGUCAGGUGUUGGCAACGUGGUGGUCAAGUUCGGCGUCGCCGAGGGCGGAAGUCCGGAGGAAGGGGGAGGGCCCGACAACGACACCGAGCAGCUGAGAGCCGGAGACGGAGUCGAGUGGGAGUCAAAAAGUGUGGCGGUGGCUGUGGACCGCGAGGAAGGCGCCAUGAGGAAGGUGAGCUUAACGACCAAGAGCACCGUGACCCAUCGGGCGACGGGCGGGAAAGCAGGCGGUGGUGGCCGGGUUGGCGGAGGGAGUCCGAGCCGGGCGGGGGACUACGCCGGCUACCCGGCGCAAGUGGAGGUGCCCGGAGCCUCGGACAGCGAGCUGAGCCAGAGCACCAGGGGACUGUCGGACCUGGAGAUCGGGAUGUACGCCCUCUUGGGGGUCUUCUGUCUGGCCAUCCUCGUCUUCCUCAUCAACUGCGUCAGCUUUGCCUUCAGGUACCGCCACAAGCAGGUGCCCGUGCUGGAGACAGGCGGCAACAUGAACCACGCCCACGACUGGGUUUGGCUGGGCAAUGAGGCCGACCUCCUGGCGGAGCACCCGGACCAGGCCGAUCCGUGUCCGGGGGUGCCGCCCGACGAAUGCACCACCGUCAUCGACCGCGGCGACGCCUACGAAGAAAGCAAGUACCUUCUCAAUGGGGCGGGUACCGCCUUGGCCGUGGCCGCCAGCCGGGGCGGCGGGGGCCACCGGGGCGUCUCCCGCGGCCAGACCUUACCCCGGGCUCUCCCAGACCCCCACCAGUGCCUUUCCACCAUCCCCGCCGUUCGACACGACGCCGAGCAUCUCAACAACUCUCCCAGGGCCACCGGCAAACGCAAACGAGUCAAAUUCACCUCGUUUGCCACUGUGCUCCCCAACGACCACCACCGGGGCGGGGCCGGCGGCCCGUACGCCGACCCCUCGGUCCUGCUCGGCAAGGGUGGCGAGGACGACAUCAAGUGGGUCUGCCACGACGUGGACAUGGGCCGGUCGGAAAUCAGGGGCUACAUGGAGAGGUUGCAAGACAAUUUGUGACUAUG